AUGAAACACAAAAGAGUGAUUAAAAUUGCAUUAUGUCCCUCUCUUUUCUUUUCUCUCAUUCUCAUUUUCUAUAUCUUUUUUAAUCUCAAAUCAAAACCCUACCACCUUCUAUCUUCAUCAAACAACUACAUUACACUAAACAAAACACCUCAAACACAAACCAAAUUCAGCGUCUUAAUCGGAAUCUUAACCCGUCCGGACAACUACAACCGCCGCCAUUUCCUCCGCCUUGUUUACGGAAUCCAAAAAUCAUCUGUACCUCACAUAGACAUAAAAUUCAUUUUUUGUAACCUCACAAAACCCGAACAAAAAAUGCUAAUAUCGCUAGAAAUUCUUCGUUUCGACGACAUAAUCAUUCUUAAUUGCAAAGAAAACAUGAACAAUGGAAAAACCUACACAUACUUCUCUUCAGUUCCAAAAAUCCUUCCGAAACAUUACACUUACGUUAUGAAAGCCGACGAUGAUUCUUACAUUCGGUUAGAACAAUUGUUUUCGUCGCUAAUGCUACUUCCGAGACACGAUUUGUACUACGGUUUUGUUAUUCCAUGCGAUAGUAAGAAUCCGUACGUAGAUUACAUGUCAGGAAUGGGGUUCUUGUUGUCUUGGGAUAUUGUUGAAUGGAUUGCAGAGUCUGAAAUUCCGGCAAAUAGUACGGAAGGACCGGAAGAUAAGUUGGUCGGAAAAUGGUUGAAGAUUGGAAAAAAGGGUAUGAAUAGAUUUUCAGAUAAGCCUGGAAUGUAUGAUUAUCCAGGAACUAAUGGAAAAUGUUCUCAUCAACUUAUUCCUGAAACUGUUGUUGUUCAUCGACUUAAGAGAUGGGAUCAAUGGUAUCAUGUUCUUCAAUUCUUUAAUGUUACUCAACAACUUAAGCAAUCUAAUUUGUAUCAUUUUUGA